AUGAAUCAAUGCAAUAACAUCUCAUAUAAUACUCAAGAACCAUUAAAUAGAACUAAAUCAUUCAAGAUCAUACAAGAAAUGGAAACAACAACUUGCUAUCAUAGAGUUUUUGUAUAUGAUUCAAACGGAAGCGAUCUGUUCGUUGGUACAUCCAAACGACCAAUGAAAACUAUCCAAGCAGUCGUAUCUCUUACACGUAUCUUGAGAACUAAUUACGGCAAUGAUAAGAUAUUAUGUAUCACAAUACGUGGAGUAGCCUACUAUUUAGGUACAAAUACUACUACAACAAGUUGUCGAAUUGGUGCAAUUACACUAACAACUAAUGAUAGUAAUCUUGUAAUUGAAAACUAUUAG